AUGGCUUCGAGAUCAGAAUCAUACGGGGAACUUUUAAACCCGAGUAUAGUAAAGGAUGCUAAGAUAUCAGGGAAAAGACAAAUUACGCUACCAGCAGGCUUUAAUAGCGAUUUAAUUUCGCUGCAACAUAAUAAGUCAAAUGCUACAGUCCGUUCAAAUAAUAAACCAGACCUUGAACGGUUAGAAGAAUUAAAAGUAAAGAAGGCAUGGGAAAUCGCAUUGGGUCCUGCUAAAACCAUACCUAUGAAUUUGAUUAUGAGUUAUAUGACUGGAAACUCUUUGCAGAUUAUCCCAAUUAUGAUGACGUUAAUGCUCUUUUGGAAUCCUUUAAAAGCUAUAUUCACUGAAACAAACGCUAAUUUCAAAAGUUUGGAAACAAAAAAAAAUGCCAGCGACAUAUUAUUGACACGAACAGUCUUUGUAGUAUGUCAAUUGGCAUGUAUGGCAGUUGGUAUAUGGAAAUUGUACAAUAUGGGCUUAAUCCCUAAUAGUGAGAGCGAUUGGCUAGCUUGGAAAGAGGCAGUCCAAUACAAGGAAAGCGUCUUACUUAUUUAG